UAUGGCAACUACGGUUAUGGAUACCCAUAUUAUGGAUACUCCUACUACGGUUAUCCCUCAUACUACGGUUACGGUUACUAUGGCAAGAGAGAAGCUGGAUUUGGACCUUCUCAACAGCAACAGCCACAGCAACAUCAGAUGCAGCAAAUGCAGCAAAUGCAGCAACCACAACAAUAAUUGUAUUAAGAAAAAUCUAAUAAAAAUUAUGCUCUAAUG